AUGGAUGAUUAUACUGCUCUUCAAACCUAGUUAGUAUGGAAUUUUGACUUCUUCUAUACUAAAGCUAAUCCUAAGACUUAUUUUAAUGUAGCUAAAUAAAUGAAGAUAUAUCCAUCUAAUUAUGAUACAGGUGAUUCUUAAAUUCUACUUGUAAAAUAAGGAACGGUAUUUAAAACAGAUUACGUUAAUCCUCUUGAAUUUGGAGGAUUAGUUGUUACUUUCCACUUUAAAAUAUCUUCUCUUUAGUUCGCAAAUUUAAAAUUAUUUUAAAUAGUAAAUAACUAAGUGUAAAUUAGUAUAUCCUUAGAUUCUUCUUAAAAUAUAUACUUAAAUACAUAAUAAAUUUAAGGAGUUUAAUAUGAUAAAUGGAAUUAAAUCACUCUUAUAGUUAAGACUUUAAUACUAAAUCAGGUUUACCUAAUUGUAAACACACUACAAAAUCAAGCUUAAAAUAUAUCUUUUAAUUAGCAAUUUUUACUUGGAUAGCUUUAAUUUGGAGAUUUGUAAAACACAUCAGAUAUCUAAUUUAGUCACAUUAGAUAUUACAAAGGAACCUUUCUCACUUCUAACGAAGGAAAUUGUUUAUUAUAAAAUUCUAGAAACACUGUUUCUUGUAUAAUUUGUUAAUCUGGUUUUUUUAUAAACUACCAAAGUAGUUUAACUUGCUCAUCUUAAAUAUUGCCUAGCAUUGAUGUUAAUAAAGAUAAUAUAAUUGAUUGGAAUGAAAAUUUUUAGAGUUGCCCUAAAGGUAUGGUAUAUGAUCCUAUUUCAUAUCAAUGUAAUUGCAUGAAUCAAUUCUACCUUUAAAGUAAUAAUACAUGUGCAAAAUGUCCAAGCUACUGUGAUGGGUGUAUUAACUAAUAGACCUGCAUUUAGUAAGAUCCAUAACGAUUGGCAAAUGGCAUAUGUCAGAAUGGGUAUUUUGAUGAUGGUUUUGAAUGCUAGCAAUGCUCUUAAAAAUGUGAUUCUUGCUUAAAAACUUAAGAUUUUUGUUUGAUAUGCUCAAACUAUAGGAUAAAUCCACCUGAAUGCAACUGUGAUUAUGAUAAAUUUAUGGAAAUCAAUGGUAUAUGUACCUAAAUUGUGUGUGAUAAAUCAUGUGAUAAAUGCUAAUUUGACAUUUCAAAUUAAAGUAUAACUUGCUUAAAAUGUAAAACAGGGAGAGAAAAUCCUCCAUAAUGCACUUGUUUGUAAAAUUAUGAGGAAAAUAGUGAUGGUAGCUGUUCUCAAUAAAAAUGCAAUUUAGGUUAUUAAUAUGACUCAAACACUAAAAAUUGUAUUGUAAUAGGUUGCCCUGUUGGGAAAUCCUUGACUAUUUUAAAUAAUUAAAAACUUUGCUUAGAAAAUAUGGAUGUAAGUUUAUCAGUUUCCUUAAAUACAAAUAAUACAAAAUUCGUUAGUACUUCAUAACAAUUUGUACUAAAUUAAAUUUAUACAAAAAAACAAAUUUAAUUUGAAAUAGGUCCAUUCCUACUUGAAGAAAGUACUUUAGCUAAUAAAAUGGCUGAUCAAGCAAUAGACUAUUUUAAAAACUAAAAUUAAGAUACCUUGAGAUUUUUUUAAAGCUUUUAAAUAAUUUUGUAUAUUUUAAAUACAGUAUAACCCUCAGUACUUUUCUUGCUGCUGAAAGCUUAAUUACCCCCUAAUCUCUAUAAAUUUUAUUAAAUGAUUGGAUUGUUGAUAUACCCAGAUGUGGUAGAUUAUUAAUCUACAAAUUUUAAGUAAGAAUUUGAAUUAUUCUAUAUGGAUUUGAACUCUACAGAAGUUUACUAAUCUGGCAACAUAAUAUUUAAAAAAUUAGGAUUUUCUAAUAGCUUUUUAAUAAAUAAAUUUCAAUCUAUAAAUUAAAUUGCAAAAUAAAGAAUUAAUUCAGAAAAUGAUUCAAAUUUGCUGAUGGUUAUUCAAUCAAUUAUGGUUUAGUUUACAUUUUUAGACUAAUAAAGUUGGGCAGUAAGAUAUGAGUUCCCCAUCAUAUCUUGCAUAUUAAAUGCAGUAGUCUUUAUUAUUUCAGCAACUUUAACAUAUUUGCAGAAGCCUUAUAAGAAUUGCCUAAGCAGAUACAUUAAACUAAUUGGUGAAAUUAUUAUGUCUGUUUGUUGGUUUAUUCAUAUAUUUAUUACUUGUAUUAUGUGUAUUAGAAUUUCACCUAAAAUUAGUCACGACCUGCAGAUUUUAAAAUGGGGCAAUAAAAUUUCUAACGCAUAAAACUAUUAUAAGCUUUCAGAUGGAACAAAGAAUAUUGACUGUGAUAGAUCUUUAAAUUCUCAAGUAGUAUAGGGUAUUGAUAUUUUUUAAAAUAUUGGAAUGAAUACUCCAGCUUCAAUUUUAAAUAUCUCUGGAUGGAUUUUCUUAAGAGGAUUUCAACAAAAGUACUAUACUAUAUUUUCUAUACAUUAGGCAUCUAAUUUAGUAUUUAGCCUUUAAUAUACGCUUGUUCCAUCACCAAAAAUGAAAGUUAGUUUAUAUAGCAUAGAAUAAACAGCUGAUUACUCAUUUUUAACUUAAAAACAAUGGUUAUUUUUUAUGACUUAAAUUAAUUACAGUUAAGUUUCUUUAGAUUUAUCAUCAAAUACUUAUUUAAUAGGAAAUAACAUUAAUGUUGCUCUUCCAUCAAUAUCUUUUAACACUAAUAUCAUCCAUUUUGAUAAAAAUAAUUUAUUUAUUAAUUUUGGAUUACCUGGAAAUUCACUUUCUGUAGAAUCUUCUUGUUCUUUUACUAGAGAUUUUGUUAUUGUAUGGGACUUUGAUUUUUAUUAAAGUAUAUUAGGAGCUCGUAGAUAUGAUCUUAGUGAUUUUAAGACUUAUAUACUCUGGAAUUAUGAUCUUUUCUAUAUUAAAAGUAAUUAAGGCUAGUUAAUAAGCUAAUAAGUAAGGCAGAGUAAAAUAAAAUCUCCAUUCCUUUUCUAACAAAAUGAUAAUUAAGGGAUUUUUGAAACUUUGAGGGCUGGAUAAGUUUUCACUACUGAUUUUAUCAAUGUUAGUGAUGUAUAAGGAUUAACCUUUUCUUUUUAAGUUUAUCUAACAGGCUAAAUAUUGAGUGAUACACAGAUAAUUACUUUAAUUUCAGAAAAUAGUUAACUUAUUUUUGGAUUUAAUAAAGAUUAUAAAUUUACCUUAAAAAUAAUCGAAAAUGGAAACAAAUAAGAAUAAUAGACUUUAACAAGAACUAUAUAAUAUUAAGAGUGGACAUAAUUUUUGAUGGUAUUCAAAAUAGGAUUGUUUUAAAAGGUUGAAUUUCAAAUCUCUUCGAACAGUGUAAUGAAUAAUUUUAGAUUUAAAUUGAUUAAAAUUAAUAAAAAUGUUUAAGUUAAAUUUGGCUCUACAGAAAAUUUAAUAGAUAUAAAAUUUAAUAAUAUCUUCAUCGUCAAAGGUAGCUAUUUAGGUUUUUCUUAAUAAUGUUUAUACUUAUUACCAACAAAUUAAUGUUUAGUUUGUAGCUAAGGCUAGUAUUCAAUCGAUUUUUAAAAUAAUAUGAAUUGUGUUGACUAAUCGACAAUAAUUUAAAAUCCAGAUGGAUUCAAUCAAAAGCUAUGGAAUAGAACUGUAUGUGCUAAGGAUUAACUUAAUGUAGGUAAUGAUUGUAUUUGUAGAAAUUAAUUUUACAAAUAAGGAAAUGAGUGUUUCAGGUGUCCAUCUUAUUGUAACGGAUGUAUAAGUGCAUAAAUAUGUAAAGAAAAGCAUAUAAACAGAAACAACUAAGGAUAAUGUUAAAGUGGAUAUUUUGAUGAUGGUUUUAAUUGUAUUUUAAGAGCAUUUUCUAUUUAAGAAUAUAAUUUAGCGCUAAAUUAUUAAAAUUCACAAUAUAAUUGUAAUCUAGCCAUUGCCGAUUCUAGCUUACACACAUUUGAUAAUAAUUUAAUGUAGAUCUAAUAAAAUUAAUCUAUCCUCUAUAGUUUUAGCUUUAGCUUAACAUAACAACCAGCUGAUUACAGUGUUAUUUCAAUACUUACUGAUAAUGGGAUAGAAGUAUUUACAAUUUUAGCCAUAAAUAAAAAAAUACAUGUAUAUAUUUAAGGAAACGAUGCCCUUUCUAUCGAAUUUAAGGAAAGCGAAACGACAUGGGUUGCUAUUUAUACAAACUGGAAUCUUCUUCAAUUAUUUGUAUUUACAGAAGCUCAAAUGAAUGUAAAAUCUGCUCCAAUUAGUCCUUCUAUAGCUAUUAAUUCACCAAAAAUUUGCGUGGGUUCUUGCUACUCAACUGUAUUCCCUAAAUAUAUUUGCGCGAAUUUAGGAGAAAGACCAUUCAUUUUAAUUAAAGAUAUUUCUAUAAUCUAAGAAAAAACAGAUAUUUUAUUUUUGAUUUCUAAACCUAUGAUUAAAAUCGCUCAAUUUAGAUCCAUUAAAUCUAGUUUACAGCCUGAAUAAAUUAUACUAAUUAAUUAAAGCCAAUAGAUAUUUAUUGAUUUUCAAGAUAGCUUGAAAUAUAUUGAUGAAUUUAAAGGUUUCUUGUUUGACCAGAAUACUUCAGCUUAAAUUAUUUUAGAUACAACCUACUAAUCUCCAAUUACAUUUUCCACAUCCAUAUUUAUUGAAAAGAUGGAAAAGACUGUUUUAUUACUCAGCUAUGAUAAUGUUCAGUAUUACUUAGUUCCAUAAGAAGAUCUUAAUAGGAUUUUUAUAAGGAUUUGCUUCAAGCUAGAUUGUGCUGAUUCUAAUUAUUCAAGUUUAAUUUUUAAUGAACCUAAUUUUCUAUUAAUUCUUUAUAGAAAUAAAUCACCAUUUACAACAGAUUACAGCUUUUUAUAAUUUGAAGUGUAUUGCAACUAUAAAAAAGAAUAGCUUAAUAUAGUUUAAUCUGGAUAUCAAAUUUCAUUUUUUUCAAAUUUGAUGUUAGGUUUAUAAAAUUAAUUAGACGAAACUUCUAUGUUUUUGAAUAAUAUUUCACUAUAUACUGGAGAUGGAUACUUAUAUUCUGACUAUACUAACCUCAAUAAUUGUUUUAUUUAUAUAAAUAUAUCACCAAGAGAAUGCUUAGUUGCUAAAUAAGAUCAUUUAGUAAUAAAUGGCAAAGUAGCUUCCAUUUAAGAAUGCUUAAAUUUAAAUAAAAAUUAUAUAUAAAACUAAGGCUAUUAUUAAAUCAAUCCCUUUACAAAAGAAUGCUUUAUUAAAUGUUUAAUUUAAAAUGCUUUUCCUGAUUAAAAAAAUAAUUGCAUUUGUAACAAAGGAUAUUUCUUGUCGAUAGAUUAGAAUGGCAAUAAAUAAUGUAAAAAAUGUAGUAAAUAAUGCAAAACAUGUUUAAAUAAUCAAGAUUAUUGCUUAGAAUGCUAAAGCGACGAUCUUAUAGCCCCACAAUGUUAGUGUCAUAAAGAUAACUUUUACUUAGAUCAAAAUAAUUAAUGUUAAAUAUGUUCUCCUCAAUGUAAAAGUUGCGAAAAAAAGGAAAAUAAUUGCUUAGCAUGUACUAAUGGAAGAACAAACCCUCCUUUAUGUGAAUGUGAUCACAGUGAAUUUGACAUCGAUGGAAAUUAAUGCUCAAAAAGAAAUUGUAGUAAAAAAUGUUAAAAAUGCUUAUAAGAUUUAAACACAUGCACUUAAUGUAGUAAAUUUAGAGAAAACCCUCCUAUUUGUAACUGUCAAUAUGGUUACUUUUAAGGCAUAAAUGAAAAUUGUGUAAAAUGUAAUUUAAAUGAAUACUUUGAUAAUAAUUUGAAAAUUUGUAUUCCAUGCUUAUCACCUUGCUUAACUUGCAGCUAAAUUGGGUCUAAUUGUCAAAGCUGUAUAAAUGAGUAUAUUUUAGAUGGAAAUGUUUGUAAGUGUCCGAAUGGAAAUAUUAGCUAAAUAUCUGAAAAAGGUGAUAUUUACUGUUUAGAGCUAAUGGAUUUGACAUGUCAAAUAAAACUAUAAUAAAAUAUUUACAAAAUUACUUUAACAUUUGAGCAUAGCUUAAGAUAUUUUGACAUAUAAGAAAAGAGUAAACAAAUUGAAAUUGUUUCUAUUUAUAUUCCACAAAUAGAAUAAUCAGCAUUUUCAAUUAAUAAUUUCCAAAUAUAUAGGGAAAAUCUUUCAUUUGAUUUCGUACCUAAAGCUAGUUUUUUAGCUUUGUCUGCUAAAAUGUAUAUCAAAUAUCCCUAAAUUUUUAUUAGCCAAGAUAGUAAAUAUAUUUUAUCAGAUAAGUAUGUUAAAAAACCUUUUGAGUUCGAAAUUGGACCAUAUAUUAUAUCACAACAAACUCAAGAAAGCAUAGUAAUAAACUCUGCUUUAGAGGUUUUAAAUGAUUAAAUCAAUUAAAACUAAGUUUUCACUCUUAGGAAUUUCAAUUAGUGA